GAUUUUGGUUGUUUAAUCGACGCAUCGAAUCGACCUCCAGACGAAACCCUCUUCCGCAAGCAACCGCUUUCUCUGUCUAGUCGCCGCCGGCGGGCGGCGCUGUUCUUCCUUUCUGGAUCGGGAAGCCGAUCGAUCCGGGAUCCCUUUUUCGAUCUCCGAUCGUACUGUCCGCGUUAGGUUCCCUUCGCUUGCGGCGCAAGAUGAUGUCUGCCAAUCAGGAAAUGGCGGUGUACUGCUUCGACACCCUCGUCGCGCACUACAACGGAGAGCAGGUGCCGCCACCGGAAUUCGAGGAAGGCCACCACCCAUUGUUUGUUACAUGGAAGAAAGCAGUGAAUGGAUCAGAACCUCGUUUGCGUGGAUGUAUUGGAACUCUGGAAGCCCGUGGCAUAGUCACUGGUUUUCGGGAUUAUGCAUUAACUAGUGCUCUGAGGGAUCGCCGUUUCCCACCCAUUCAGGCUAAAGAACUCCCCUAUUUGCAAUGUACAGUGUCUAUACUAACCAACUAUGAAACUGCUGCAAACUACCUUGAUUGGGAGAUUGAAAAACAUGGAUUGAUCAUUGAAUUUACUGACCCUGAUUACAACACGAGGCGCAGCGCUACGUACCUACCUGAGGUAGCUGCCCAUGAAGGUUGGACUAAGAUCGAAACCAUUGAUUCGCUCAUGCGAAAAGCAGGCUACAAGGGCGCGAUAAGUGAGUCGCUGCGCUGCCGAAUUUGUGUGACUCGCUACCAGUCCACCCUUUACACCAUGCACUUCCGGGACUACGCCUCCUAUGUGAAGGACACUAGAGGGGCUGCUCCUGCCAUUAACGGCACUAAACUUGCCCAUUGAUUCACCCGCAAUGCAAUUAUUCGACAUUAUUAAACUCGAUUCGAGGGGAAUCAGCUUGUGUUCCCCCAUUCAAAUUGUCCCCCUCAAACAUGUUUAACUUCUACCCGCGGGAUCUUUAUUAUAUAUCCUUAACAUCUAUUGUUA